AUGGAUUCGCGGACCACAUCUAUCGUGCUCAUCGAGCAUGUCCACUCAUUCUGUCGCAAGAGGCCCGAGGUUGGGCUCUCGACCCUGGUCAAUGCGGUCUGGGCCAUUGUUAUCUGGCAGUACACAGGACUGGAAGACGUCCGCUUUGUCACUGCCGCUCUGUGGAAGCAGGAUGCCGAUCUCAAACACUAUGUUUGUGCGGCGCAUGUCGAUGGCAAUGUGGGGCUAUCUGAUUUGAUGCAACAGAUACAACACGGCACCAAGGAACUGGCAUCCGACCAGCUCCCUCUGGUCCCCUCAAGGACGGAAGACGCCAAUGUGUCGUUGCUCCAGUCCUUGACGACACUCACUACAAACAAGAAUUAUCUCGAGACGGAUCAGACCCGCCCUUUCGUCGCUAGCGCACCCGUCGAGCUCGUGGCAGUCCCCUCCACCUCCGGGGGCCUAGAAGUUGUAGUGCGCUUCUCGCCAAUAGCGAUUGACCGGGAGCAAGCCGAUCUCCUUGUGGCUGCUUUCGCGCAUAUAAUUGCUGCAGUCACACAUGUCGGCCGCUGGGAAGACACGCUAGGGUCCUUAGAUCUAGUUAGCGACUACGACAAGGCAAAGCUCUGGGCCUGGAAUAGCGCCCUACUUCCUGAGACAGUCGAAGCAUGCGUGCACACCCUCUUCCGGCAGCGGACCCAAGAGGAGCCUGAGAUGAUCGCCGUGGACGCAUGGGAUGGGCACUUUACAUAUGCCGAACUAGAUGACAUCUCGGAUCGCAUCGCAGCUUGGCUAGGGCGCGAUGAGGGUAUCCUGCCGGAGUCUAUCGUACCCUUGUGCUUCGAAAAGAGCUGCUGGGCGAUUGCGGCUCUCAUGGGGGUUAUCAAGGCAGGCGGCGCCAUUGUAUUUAUUGAUCCGGCACAACCCGCUAGUCGCAGAGGAGAGAUUCUGGCCCAGAUCCAAGGCCAAUUUGUCCUGACCUCGAGGACCCAAUCCGAGGCGUGGGGAAAGGAGGUGGGCGUGAGGACGGCCAUCGUCGACGAGCAAUUCGUGGCCUCCUUGACAGUGAACGAUGUGUAUGAAAUCCCUCCUCAGUCAGGGGUCACGCCAGCAAACCUUCUUUACCUCAUCUUCACCUCUGGUAGCACGGGCAAACCCAAAGGCUGUCUCAUUCCGCACCAGGCCUUCGUAUCAGGUGCACUCCAGCACGCGACAAAAUCUAAUUUAUCUCGCGGAAGCCGCAUUCUGCAGCUAGCCUCAUACAGUUUCGACGUCAGCAUGUUGGAGAUCCUGACCGCACUCAUGUCUGGUGCGUCUGUGUGCACGCCGGACAUGUCCACCAUAGCAACGCAGGGUCUCCAUCCAAUCUUCGAACGCUUCGCCAUCACCUGGGCAUUCCUGACACCAUCUCUGGUCAAACUGCUCCGGCCCGAGAUGGUGGUGCCCACGCUCAAAACCCUGGCCCUUGGAGGCGAGCCACUCCAUAAAGUUGACAUCGAGACUUGGGCACCGCAUCUCCAGCUCAUCAAUGGUUACGGGCCCUCUGAGUGUUCCGUAGCCGCGGCCGGAGAUCCACACUUGAAACCGACAAGCGACCCAUCCAAUAUCGGCCGCUCUGUUGGCGGUCUAUGUUGGAUUGUCAACGCCGAAAAUCAUGACCGUCUCGUUCCUCUGGGUGCUGUUGGUGAGCUACUGAUUUCAGGCCCCAUUUUGGCCAGGGGUUACUUGAACGAUGCUGAGAAAACGGCCGCAUCUUUUAUUGAGAACCCAUCGUGGACUAGUGACAGCUGGUCUCUCACCACUACCUCAUUCACGACGACCGGCUUAGUUUCGAACGGAAAUAAUAACCAAAAGCCCAUGCGUUUCUACAAAACUGGCGACUUGGCUAGAUUCAACAUCGACGGCACUAUACAGAUCCUGGGCCGCAAAGAUACCCAGGUAAAACUACGUGGGCUGCGCGUCGAGCUGGGAGAAAUCGAGCACAACAUCGCACUACAUCCUUAUGUCAAACAUGCCACUGCCUUCCUACCCAAGAGCGGGCUGUGUAAGGAGAAAAUCGUCACCGUUUUAUGUCUCAAUGACUUCUCUAGCGAGUCAAAGCCCGGGGACCCUGAUGCACUGAUCGAAGUGUUGUUGGAAGACGAAUGGCCUGCAAUCAAACAGCAGGCUGACGCCGUUCGUAGCCACCUGAGAGACUGCGUUCCAGAGUAUAUGGUCCCAACUGUGUGGAUCGUGAUCAAGGCCUGGCCGCUACUGCUCUCGGCAAAGCUCGAUCGGAAAAGGGUCCUGAACUGGCUAUUGAACAUUGACCAGGGGUUGCACAAUAACAUAAUGGGUUUCCUCGGUCACGAGGAGGAUGGAAACGAAGCCGAAUCAAAUCCUGUGUCCGAGGCCGAGCGUACUCUUCGUGACGUAUUCUCUCGUGCUCUCAAGACUUCCGCCCACAAUCUGCCUCUAGACAAGUCCUUUAUUGCGCUCGGCGGUGACAGUCUCGCUGCUAUGCGUGUUGUCUCCGAGUGCAAAAGGGCCGGCUAUGCCAUCGACAUCCGAGACCUGCUUACAAGUAAAGGCAUCACGGAGCUGGCUGGCCGCGUGGAACACUCGAAGCAGUCUGAAACCUCGUUCCCACUUUCUAUGGCCCAGCAACUAUGCCUCGGCUGCUUUUACAGCGGAGAUGAAGAUGAGGAGGAUAAGAUGCAAGCGAAUCAUUGUACCCAGAGCCUUCUCCUGAGACUCGACAACGCCGUCUCUACCGCCCAGGUCAAAGCUGCUCUGGGAACCAUCGUUAAUCGUCACGCCAUGUUGCGAGCACGCUUUUUCGAGGCUAAUGACGGCACCGUCAUGACGUAUAGGCAAACGACAAGCCCUCUUACCGAGGGCUUGUAUCGUUACAAAGAUCACCUUAUAGAACACUCAGAACAAAUUGAGGGCAUUGCGGCAACUGCUCGGCGCGCUGUGGAACUCUCAGGGCCUGUUUUCUCAGCAGAUCUGAUAAGUGGGAGCGGAAAACAGCUGUUGCUUCUGAUGGCACACAAUGCCGUCGUCGACUCUACAUCCUGGUCUAUCAUCGUCCAAGAUCUUCAGAUGUGUCUGAGUCUCGCUGAUGGCCCUCUUCCCGAUAGUGAAACGCCGAGACCAGUAUCUUUCCAGACCUGGGUCGAGUUGGAGAGAGAAACAUACGAGAAAGGAACGUCGGCAGAUCAUACAGGCAUUCUCACACCUUUAGGACCUAAACUAGACUAUUGGGAUAUGCAGGAGAGCGCAGGCGAUAUGGUGGAACAAACAUUGGAAGUCGACAAGGCCACAGCCGCUUUGUUGUUGGGCACCAAAAUACAUAAGGCCUGCCGUACUGACGCUGUAGAUUUCCUAAUAGUAAGUCUGCUCCUCACAUUUAACUACAGCAUCACCGACCGAGAGACCUUGCCUUCCUUGUCUCUAUGGGAGGAUGAGCGUGGACCUGCAUCUCGAGACCUAGGUAUCGACCUCGCCACAACCAUUGGUCAAUUUGAGACAGUGCGCCCGUUAGUACUCAACACGGAUGACAUGAGGACCAAGGACGAACUUGUAGGUAUACUGAAGAGUGUCAAAGAUGCCCGCCGACUGGUAGGAGCGGGAAGAAGCGAUACUAGCCGUCGCAGCUCAGACAUCUCACUGCGCUACCGAGACCUGUCAAACGUCCUUGAUAGCCCUAAUGAUCUUCUUCAGAGUGAGCCACGUCCCUCAUUUCUUCCUUUAGCAGUGGAGAACCUUCGACAGACAAGCUUAAUUUCCAUUAUGGCCGAGGCUAUCGAUGGGCGGAUUCAGCUCGCCUUUUCAUACAACAAGCAUAUCAAAGAUUCAGAUCAGAUUAGCGCCUUGAUUGCGGCGGUGCCGAAAACGCUUAUGUCACUCGUCGCCAGGAUGGUUGAUGCCCCUAAGGAAUUCACCCUUUCAGACUUCACAUUAUUGCCAGAGCUAACCUACAGCGGACUAGAGAAACUAAUCAACGAACAGCUACCUCGGAGUGGACUCGAUCCUCUCUUGAUUGAGGACAUGUAUCCAUGCUCUCCUAUGCAGCAGGAUCUCCUGCUCAGCCAGACCCGGUCCAGUGAUGGCAUGUACGAGUGCUACCACAUCGCAGAGCUGAGGCCACGUGAUUCAAAGAUCUCGGUAGACAUUGAUAGGCUUUUAGAAGCUUGGGUACAAGUCGUGCAACGGCAUGCGUCUCUGCGGACGAUCUUCAUUGAGAGUACCGACGGCCAAGAGGCUCUGUUCAAUCAAGUCGUACUUACCCACGUCCGGCCGAGCGUAUCUAUUGUAGAUUGCGACAAUAACUCGACUGAUGAGAUUGGGAUGGUGCUUGCCAACCAAGCCCCUAUUGCCAUCUCAUUCCGGGGACCUCAACCACCUCAUCGAAUGACCGUCUGCCGCAUCUCGGGGGCCAACCGUGUUGUCAUCAAGCUGGACAUUAAUCACGCCAUCGUGGACGGUGUCUCUGCAGCAGUCAUGCUCCGUGAUAUGCUGCUUGCGUACGACGGUUUAGAAUUUACGGAGUCAGCGUUACCGUUCCGCAAUUACAUCGCUCACAUCUGCCAGACAUCCCUGGCUUCGUCUAUCAGCUUCUGGGUAGAAAAUCUAAACGGCGCAAAACCAACCCUACUACCCAAGAUCGCCGCACUGGAGAAUCCGAACGAUGAAGACAGACAGUUAAAUGUCGUAUCCGUCCCACUGGAAGAUGAAGACUGCGUGGGCCUUAGUUCUCCGGGAAUAUGCCGAAUCCCCGACGAGGUUUGCUUUGGUUACCUCUCGGCCGGCCGCGACGCCCCAUUGCCAGGCAUCCAGGAUGCGGUGGGCGCUUACUUGACUAUGCUUGUCAGUCGUCUUCGUUUCGCUGUAGAUGGAAACAAGGCUACCAAUUGUGCUGCUACACUCUUGGACGCCGUGCACAUCACGGCGGAUGACUACGUUAAAGCUCUGCCACACCAGCACGUCGGUCUCUCGAAUAUACAGCAUGCACUGAAGAUAGGCGGCGAUACCCUAUUCAAUACGAUUGUUACUGUUAACCGUGAAGCUGAAACCCCAGCUGAUUCGACGCUUUUAUUCAAGAACAUUGGGGAUCAUGAACCCGAUGAGUACGCUGUCGUCGUGGACAUCCAGUUCACAGGGUUGAGUGCUGUGCGCGCUUCCCUACGCCACUGGACAGAUCACCUGACACCUGUGCAGGCACAAAGUAUCGCCAGUGCGUUUGGUGGAGCCGUCCAGGCCAUUGUAUCUCAUCCUAACACCCUCAUCAGUGAGGUGGAUCUCGUAGGCGUGGGCCAUAUGGAUAAAUUCCUUUCUUUCAAUGCCCACCCCUUGCCACGGGCUAACAGACUGAUAUUCACGCGAUUCGAAGAGCUUGCCCUCACGCAACCUCUGGCCCAGGCCGUGUGCGCGUGGGAUGGUGAGUGGUCAUAUGUACAGCUCGAUAAGUUAUCAACACGACUUGCCCACUAUCUGCGUUCGCUUGGUGUAGGACCUGAGGUCGUGGUGCCACACUGCUUUCAAAAAUCAGGUUGGGCUAUUGUUACAUGCAUGGCGAUCCUUAAGGCUGGUGGUGCCUUUGUCGGGUUAGACCCUACACAUCCAAGGCAACGAUUGCAGGGACUUGUCCGUGAGACUGGAGCUAAGGUCGUGUGCCUGGCUCCGCAGAACUCGCACUUAUUUGAAGAAAGGGAAAGCGGUGAUCUAAAACUAAGCAUUGUUGAAGUGACACUCGAGUUUGUCGCUGGGCUACCAUUCAAACCAGGCCGUCCAUGCACCUCCAUUAAGCCAAACAAUGCAGCUUGCGUGGUCUUCACAUCUGGCACAACAGGGAGACCGAAGGCUGUGGUGGUGGAACAUGCAUCUAUGGCGACCUUGUCAGACUUAAUGGGUCCAGCUGUGCGCAUUGGCCCCGAGGCACGUGUGUUUCAGUUUGCCAGCUAUACUUUUGAUACGUCAAAUCAGGAUAUCUUCACAACGCUCCAACGCGGCGGAUGCGUGUGCGUGCCAUCUGAAGAGGAUCGUGUCGAUGACCCGGCUGGGGCAAUUAACCGGCUAGGUGCUAAUCACGCCCACUUAACAAGCACUGUGAUCAGCCUAUUGCACCCCGAGCAAGUCCCACAUCUCAAAUGGCUCUUCAGCGCUGGCGAAUCUCUCACACGGGAGAACGUCGAGGUAUGGGCUCCGGCUGUUGAGCUCUUCAACAGCUACGGGCCUGCCGAAGCGUCUGUCGCCGUCACUUGCACCCCUACCCGGCUCGACGCUCAUGCAAGCCCAGCCAAUAUUGGAAAGUCAUUUGGCUGCUGGGCUUGGAUUGUAGACGUGACUAACCAUCACAAGCUCGUGCCCUUAGGCGCUGUAGGCGAGCUCCUGAUAGAAGGCCCACUACUUGCGCGACACUACCUUAACAAUGAAUCCCAGACAAACGCGGCUUUUAUUGAGAAUCCUAUGUGGGCAAAGAGCAUGACACAGGAGCCUUACAGUAACAGGCGAUUCUACCGAACUGGCGAUCUGUGCCGUGUCAACACUGAUGGCAGCCUCACCAUUAUCGGCCGUCGAGACACUCAGAUCAAGAUCCACGGGCAACGUGUCGAGCUUGACCAGAUCAAGUACGAGGUUCAGGAGCAGCUUGCCCAGCUGGGCGAGCCCAGCCUUGUCUCGGUCGAUGCUUUGAUGCUUCCGCAGAUCACAAAGAAAGACAAAAUACUCGUCGCGUUUGUUCAGUUCCUCAACCACUCCUCUGAUCUGCCCCUACCCUCUACUGAUGAACUAGCCAUUCCGAUGAGUGACAACCUCUCUGGCGUGUUUGUUGACCUGCAGCGUUCUCUGAAAACAUCACUCCCCAAAUAUAUGGUCCCUGCCAUGUUUGUUCCUAUUACUGAGACUCCACUAACUGCUAAUGGCAAGCUAGCUCGGAAUAUCCUGUGUGAAACAGUGACUGGCUUCUCCGAUGCAGAUGUGGCUCGCUACAUGCUCCAAGAUGAUAGCCCUAAAACGGCUGCCAGGACACCCCACGAGCAGCUGCUGCAGGCCGUCUGGAGCAAAGUCUUGUCCAUCCCUAUUGAAAAGGUGGGCGUUAAUGAUGACUUCUUUCAACUCGGAGGUGACUCCGUCGUUGCCAUGCGACUUGCAGCUGCCGCACGGAUGGAAGGCCUGUCCUUGGCUGUAGCUGAUAUUUUUGCUUCUCCCAUCCUGUCAGACAUGGCUAGGGUGGCACGAACUGCCGAUGGAGCCGAUUCCCGUCAGAUGGAAGAGGAGGAGACAUUUGAUCUCCUUCCUCUAUCAUCGCCGUCGCCCUCGACUUCUGAGGGUAUGGGCACAAUCCGCACCGAAGCCGCAGCACAAUGUGGAGUCAACCCUGAGACGGUUGUGGACUUGUACCCAUGCACACCCUUGCAAGAGGGCCUUAUAGCACUCUCAAUGCGGCAGACAGGAGCAUACAAAGACCAACGUAUCUUGCGCCUUACGGAUCCGAAUUACUCAGUCGCCCGAUUCCACCGUGCAGUUGAUGCUGUCGUAAGCGCCGAACCUAUCCUCCGCACGCGGUUUGUGAGCACAGCUGCAGCAGGAAUGCUCCAGGCUGUACUGAACGCCAAAGUUGAAUGGGUUGAGCGCGACGAUUUGACCGCAUACCUCAAAGAGGAUUUGGAUAAGGCCGUGACAUAUGGCAGCCCUCUAGUACAGCUGGCGCUUAUUGACGAGCAUAGGCAAGAUGGGGAGCGCUACAUAGUAUGGUCGGGCCACCAUGCGAUGUGCGAUGGCUUCAGUAUGGACAUCACAUUUGAACAGAUCGCUUAUGCUAUGGCGCAUGAAGGGGCUGUGAUGCCUAAGCCGGUGCCUUUCAAAAACUUCAUCCGCUUUUUGCAAAACCAGAUCAGUGACGAUUCCGCAACUAAGUUCUGGCAAGAACAGUUCCCCGCUAACAAGGAUAUACCAUCAAAGUUUCCUCCCGUGCCACUUGGGCACCAGGUUGUUCCUCAUCGUGCCUGCCAAUCGCAGCUGCAUGUGGCUCGUCCGUCUGGGAGUAAAAUCUCCGUGACGAACUACCUACGCGCCGCAUGGGGGCUUGUCGUGGCGCGACACCUUGACAGUUCAGACGUUAUCUUCGGAGCGACCCUAUCAGGUAGAAACGCGCCGGUUCAAAAUAUCUCUACGAUAAACGGUCCCACAAUGACCACUGUUCCCUUUCGCAUGACAGUGCCUUUAGACGACGGCGAGACAACAAUAGCACAAUAUCUAGAGGCUGUGGAAGAACAAGCCGUGACCAUGACGCCCUUUGAGCACACCGGUCUGCAAAAUAUCCAACAUAUCAACGAGCAUUCACGAGCGGCGAUUAACAAUAUGGUGCAUAGAUUUGCCGUUGAGUUGAAGCCGAGUGACGCUAUUGAGGCUUUUGAUGGUAUAGAAAUCGUUUCUGCCGACCUGCCGAAUGGAUUUUAUACGGACCCCUUGGUCAUUCGCAACUACGCCCAUGAUGACGGGUUAACCAUCGACGUCGAAGCCAAGUACGACUACACCCUGAUUUCGUGUGACGAGAUGCGCAGGCUACUGGACCAAUACGCCCAUGUUGUGCAGCAGCUGAUCAAUAGCCCCGAAAAGCGUCUUCGCGACAUUCAGUUUAUCAGUCCCAAGGAUAUAGAAGAGAUCAUUAAAUGGAACGGCGAGCUACCUGAAACGGUUCAAGAAUGUGUACACAGUCUGAUAGCUGAACAAACAACAAAACGCCCCGAAGCUGAGGCCAUAUGCGCUUGGGACGGCAGCUAUACCUUCGGAGAACUGAACUCGCUGACUGAGCGACUCGCAGCUCAUCUCCAGGGCCUUGGUGUUGGCCCAGAAGUGACUAUUGCCCUCUGCUUCGAUAAGUCUAAAUGGAACGUGGUGUCUAUGCUGUCCAUCUUGAAAACAGGCGCCAGCUACACAGCACUGAAUCCUGAAUACCCGGCCGCUCGCUUGCAGAGUAUUAUCCAGGAUGUCCAAACGCCCAUAGUCCUUUGUUCCCCGCAACAUGUCAACAAGUUCGCUAGCAUGGAGCCUUUGAUUAUGCGUAUUAACGACGACUUCUUGGAAUCUCUACCUGAGCCUAAGGUUACCGUCACAUCUGCUGUCCAGCCAUCUAAUGCAGCAUUUAUCGUUUUGACAUCAGGCAGCACUGGUAAGCCUAAGGGUGCUGUCGUCGAGCACCGUGGCAUCGUGUCCAUGCAGUACUACGAGGGACCCCAUGUGGGUAUGGGUCCUGACACUCGAACUCUACAAUUCGCUGCACAUGUCUUCGACGUGUCCAAUUCCGAGGUUUUUACGACCUUGAUGCGCGGUGGCUGUGUAUGUAUACCUUCUGAGACAGAGCGGAUGAAUGAUCUUGCUGGUGCAAUUAACAAAUACAACGUAAAUUGGUCCUUCCAAGUCCCAACCACCGCGGAUACACUAGACCCAAGCCAAGUCCCCGGCUUGAGGUAUCUGGUCUUAGGCGGAGAAGCCAUCAGUCAAGGCUUAUGUGACCGAUGGGCUCCUGAAGUCACACUACUGAACUCAUAUGGUCCCUCCGAAUGCAGUAUCUGGACGAGUGCCUCCCAUCUUGCUCCCGGGACCUCUUCACCUAACAACAUCGGUCGUGGCCUUGGUUGCCGAACAUGGAUCACGGAUAAGAACGAUCACAACUCCCUUGUACCUAUUGGUUGCGUUGGAGAAUUGUGUGUUGAGGGUCCGAUCGUCACAAGAGGAUACAAGGCUAAUCUCAAACAAACAGCCGCUGCCUACAUUCAGAACCCAGCCUUUGCAUUAGAAUUAGGUAUUCUAGGCAUGCGCAUAUAUAAGACGGGUGACCUAGUCAAGUAUGACUCGGACGGCACUCUACUCUAUGUUGGGCGCAAAGAUAGCCAAGUUAAGGUCCGUGGGCAGCGUAUCGAGCUGAGCGAGGUUGAACAGAAUAUCGUGGCCAACGGUAUUCAGACCGACGCUGUCGUAGUCGAAAAAAUAUUACAGGGUGGGGACGCAGAUCGCGUUGCUCUAGUAGCAUUCUGUAUACUGAACAGCACAGACCGACCUAGCUCUAUUAGCUCUGACUCAGGUUAUACAUCCGUGGAAACCAAUGAGGAAGAAGAGAAGACACCGCAAGAUGACUUAGAACCUAUGCGAGAUCAACUGGUCGUUCUCCGGCGCAACCUACUUGACACCAUACCUACCCACAUGGUGCCAUCUUUCUUCAUUCCACUUCGUUCCAUGCCCGUUACGCAGACGGGAAAGAAGGACCGCAAAGCGCUCCGAGAACUCGGUGCCUCCUUGUCCCAGCAACAGUUGCAGCGGUAUGCUCUGGAUGAUGAUGACGAUGAUGACACCGAUAAAUUGGGUAGAGCUUGCACCAGUGAUGCUGAGAGGCGGCUCCGGUCUUUAUGGGCCGAAGUUCUCGGCAUUGCCAAAGAGGAGUCUAUCUCAGCCCAAGACAAUUUCUUCCUCAAAGGAGGGGAUUCAAUCCAGGCAAUGCGACUAGCAGCUGCAGCGCGCCGACAAGGCAAGAUGCUAGCAGUUGCUGAUAUGUUCCGUAUGCCACGACUAUUUCAGAUGGCCGAGCUCUGGGAGCAUGGUAAUAACCUUGAAGGGGCAGCCAUCCCCCCAUUCUCGCUUCUCAAACCAAAUACUAUUGGUGAUGUACUCCAUGAAGCCGCACGUCAAUGCAAGGUCGAGAAAACCCAAGUCCAGGAUGUUUACCUCUGUUCUCCACUACAGGAAGGCCUUAUGGCAGUGUCUACUCGAAAGCCAGGUUCCUACAUUUCGACAAGGAUUUUCGAUCUGCCGCCCACCAUCGACAUAGGUCGUUUCCAAGCAGCAUGGCAGACGGCAGCCGACAGAUUUCCCAUCUUAAGAACGCGCGUCAUCCUCGGUCCUGCCUCCGAGUCCCUUCAGGUCGUGCUCAAGGAGAAACUGGUCUGGGAGACUAUCGAUGGACAGAUCGAGACUAUCCUUUCGCAACGAGGCCUCGCGAGUAUUGAGUAUGGCGGUCGUCUUUGUGCUUUUGCUAUUGAUGUCCAGGCUCGCAAGUUCAUCCUGGUCCUUCACCAUGCCCUAUAUGACGGUUGGAGCGCCACCGUUCUCCUCGAAGCCGUGGAGAAAAUAUACCAAGGAGAACCAUGCCCAACAGGACCAUCUUUCAACACCUUCAUUCACCAUCUCUCCCAAGUUGACAGGCCUAGCUCGGAAGACUUUUGGCGCACCCAACUGAGCGGUGCUCCCGCGCACUUUCCCAGGUUACCGAACAAGACUUACGAGCCGAAGAACAGCGCCAAUGUCUCUCAUGUUGUCACUAUAGAAGAGCAACCAAGUGGUAUCCUCAAGUCCACUAUUCUCAAAGCCGCUUGGGCCAUAGUGAGUGCCCGACAUGCUGAAUCAAACGAUAUUAGCUUUGGUGCAGCCCAAUCAGGGCGUGACUGUGCGGUUCCGGGUAUCGAGCAAAUCAUUGGUCCUAUUGUCACUACAGUCCCCGUGCGUGUGCGUAUCGAUGACAACGAACCAAUCGUUAGUUUCCUUGAACGUAUUCAGGAUCAAUCCAUCGCCAUGAUUGCGUACCAACACGCCGGUGUGCAAGCUCUUCGACAGCAGUUGGGCAAGGAAGUCCAACCAGCACUUGAGUUUACGAGUCUGUUUGAGUUUGGUGAAGAUUCAAAUGACCAAAGCGACUUCAUCACCGAGGUGCAAAGGCCGGAACUUCUGGACGGGUUUUGGUCAUAUACUAUUGUUCUGGAGUGUCAUCUUGCUGCGGACGGUGUGACUGUCAACAUUUUAGCGAGACAUGACCCAGUUGUCAUUCCCACCUACCAGAUGGAUUGGGUCUGUAAGCAAUUUGGUCACAUUGUUGGUCAGCUCUGCAGCUUGACUUCCUCAUCGACUCAGGUGGUGGGUGAUCUUGAGAUUUUUGGUCCUUAUGAUGGCGCCGCAAUUGACUUCUGGAACGCAAGAUGGCCUUGUGGUGAUACGGAUGGAAAGACGGUCCACGAAGCGAUUGCUGAACAAGGCCGUCUCAAUCCUGACAACUUGGCCCUUUCAGGCUGGGAUGGAGACAUGACAUACGCCGAGUUAGAGCACUAUGCCACAAAACUUGCUAAGAGACUAGUUCGAAGUGGUGUCGGACCAGAAGUUAUGGUGCCACUAUGCUUCGACAAGUCCAAGUGGGCUAUUGUAGCCUCCUUAGCCGUGAUAAAAGCUGGAGGAGAGAUACUGAAGGCUGCUGAGGCUGAAUUUGUAUUGGUCUCACCACAGCAUGUUUCUCUCUUCCACGGUGCCGCAGUCUGGGUAAUGCCGAUAGACCGGGAGAGCCUGGAUCGGAUGGCCGAUUUCAACUACCAGCUCCCCAAGGUCGAACCCUCAAAUGCCGUCUAUGUAUGCUUUACAUCAGGCAGUACAGGCAAACCUAAGGGAAUUGUAGUUGAGCACCGAAAUAUGCGCAUGAGUGCUCAGGCACACGGAGCUCAAUUCAAGAUCAACCCCGGAACCAGACUUUUCAAUUUCUCUGCUUACACAUUUGAUAUCAGCCUUGGGGAUAUUUUUAUUUCUCUACAGCGCGGGGCCACAAUCUGCACACCGUCCGAGUGGGAGCGCCUGAACGAAUUGGCCGGCGCUAUCACCAAGUACAAGGCGAACUUCAUGUCAGUAACCCCAUCAGUAGCUAAGCUACUCACUCCGGAACUAGUUCCAACACUGCGCACGCUUGUUCUCGGCGGCGAGGCACCUACCCAAGACAACAUCAAAACAUGGUCUGAUAAGUUGGACCUAAUCCUGAUUUGGGGACCAGCUGAGACAACCAUCUACGCCUCUGCUACGCCGCCGACAACGCAAAAUACAAGUGCACAGGAGCUGGGUAACCCUAUGGGCUCUGUAAUGUGGCUAUGUGAUCCAAACGACCACAAUAAGCUGGUGCCUUUAGGCUGCGUGGGUGAAAUUGUUGUCGAGGGUCCGCUUGUCUCGCGCGGCUAUCUCAAGGACGAGGAAAAGACGGCCGCUGCAUAUAUUCAAGAUCCAGCAUGGAUUGGAGAAAAAGAUGAAAAUGAUAAUACGAAGCCACGGAAUAUGUAUAAAACCGGCGAUUUGGGGCGCUACAAUGCCGAUGGCUACAUAUUAUUCUCAGGUCGGAAAGAUAACCAGGUUAAGCUACAUGGUCAGCGAAUGGAACUUGAUGAGGUGGAACAUACCAUGUUAGCACACGAGACUGUAAGGCAGGCAGUGGCGCGCAUUCCUCGCAAUGGUCCGCUUAAGGAUAAGCUGGUUGCCAUGCUAAGCCUCAAUCUUGUCGAGUUCUUACAGAAAAGUUCACCCAUUGCAAAUCAAAUUGUUGUGCUGGAUAAAUUCAAUACUUAUGACACCAAUAUUGGCAAGGAGCUUGGUGCAGUACGCCGGUUGCUUGAAGACAAUCUGCCUGGCUAUAUGGUACCAAGUAUCUGGAUCUGUGUUGAAGCCGUCCCACUAAACAAUAAUUCCAAGGUUGACCGAAAACUCAUCGAUUCAUGGCUUCAAGAAGUGGAUCAAGCUACUUACGACACGCUGCUUCGCAAAGAAGCUGAGAGCAAAGGAGAUGAAGAGAUCCAUCGUCCAUCGACUGCUGUGGAGCAAAUCUUGAGCGACCUCAUUAGCCAAAUUCUCGGACUAGACUCGGAUUCACUCAAUCUCAACCGCUCAUUCCUUAACCUUGGUGGUGAUUCCGUCUCAGCCAUGCAGUUGCGCAGCAAAAGCCGCGCCAAAGGGGUAGAAGCUUCCAUGUCGAACAUCAUCAAAAGCAAGAGCAUAGUUGAGCUCGCUUCCAAGUCGGUAUAUACUAAACCAACACCCGAGGAAGUUCUAGGCGGGUCUUUCGCACUAUCCCCAAUCCAGAAGAUGUAUGUCGAUUUGGUUUCCUCUUCUGCGGAUGCAGACAUUAGUCACUUCGACCAAAGCAUACUCCUACAGGUGAACAGCCCAGUUUCAGCAGGCGCAUUGCAAAAGUCCCUGGCGCAGAUCGUGCAACGGCACUCGAUGCUUCGUGCUAGAUAUUCUCGAGACGAAAGUGGAGAAUGGUAUCAGUACCUUGCUGAGGAUAAAGACACGACUGAGACAUUUCAUUUCAGUAGCGAAGAGGUGGAGGACGGCUAUGAAGUAUCAAGGAUACUAAGAAGCUUCGGCUGUUUCUUUGACAUCCAAAAAGGCCCUGUUUUCUCUGCUCACGUUUUCAAUCUCCGUCUAGAACGGACACAAUUACUUUUUGUCCGAGCUCAUCAUCUGGUGGUCGAUGUGGUCUCGUGGCACAUCCUCCUCGGCGACCUGGAGCUGCUGAUUGCCACUGGCAGCUUUGCGACCCCCCCUCCUCUAUCUUUCCAGAGUUGGCUAAGCAUGCAAAAGGAGAUGGCCGAGUCUACCGAGCCAACUGACUUAUUACUAUUUGACGCCAUCAACAUACCCGCGGCCGAUUUUGAAUACUGGGGAAUGGCGGGAGAAGACAACUACAAUACAUACAGUGAUGCCAUCCUGACAGAGUUUUACCUCGACGAGGCCAUGACGGCCCAAUUAAUGGGCACUGGCAAUGUUGCACAAAGCGCGGCCCCCGUAGAUGUUAUUUUGGCUGCUCUUAUUCACUCAUUUUCUCUCGUUUUCUCUGACCGUGCAGCUCCCACAAUCUUUUCCGAGGGACAUGGUCGCGAGUCUUGGAACGGCAAGGUAAACCCGUCAAGUACAGUGGGAUGGUUUACGACAAUGAGCCCUCUGCAUGUACCUGAUACCCAAUCAUGUGAUAUUCUCACGACAGUGCAGUCUGUUAAGGACUUGCGACGCCUCCUUCCAGCUAAUGGCAUGGAAUAUUUCAGCUCCCGGUACCUCUCUGCCAAGGGACGCGAAGCUUUUGGUUCACAUUCCGACAUGGAGAUAAUGUUCAAUUACCUUGGCAGAUCCUCUGAAGUUGGAAAGGAAAACGCCCUGCUUUCACCUGCAACCUUGCCUGAUGGCGCGACAUUCGAUAAGUUGGUACAGGACGAAAAGCUGCCACGUUGGUCUCUAUUUGACAUCGUGGCCCUCAUUGCAGGUGGUAAGGCUCACAUCACCAUAGCCUAUAACAAGAAUAUGCAGCACCAGGAUAGGAUUAUCCAGUGGGCAACAAUGGCGAAGUCCACAUUGAUCCAUACCAUUAAAGCUUUAAGGGAUAUAGAAAACCACCCGAUCAGCCCUAGGCUGUCACCCCCAGCAAUGGAGAAGCAAGUCCUGUUUGAGGACGAGGUCGAAGGAAUUUAUCCUUGCGCACCGGUGCAACAACAUAUGCUUUCCGCGCGUGAAAAAUAUCCCGACCGCCAAUUGUACGAAAUGGAAUUUGCUUACAAGGCUGUCACCCUCAAUGGUGCCACAGUCAAUAUAGACAAAUUACGCGAAGCAUGGAAACAGGUCGUGCGUCAUCAUGCCGCGCUCCGGACAGUCUUUAGAUCUACUUCUUCUGGCUCAUACGAACAAAUUGUGCUUCGAGACUGGCCUGUCGAUGUACCUGUAAUUGAGUGCAUCAACGAAGAGGAAAUGAUGGCUCGCAUGAAUAGCCAUAUAUCAGUCAACUACAGCCUCUCGAGCAAAAAGCCACACAUUCAACUCACCUUGUUCGUCACUACAAAAAACAACAAACAGAUCAUUGCUUUCAAGACCGAAACAGAUCAUACUCUUACCGAUGGUGUCUCCGUCGCUUUAGUCCUCCGUGAUCUUGCCCUUGCGUACGAGGGAAGACUUUCAACAGACCCAGCGCCCUCGUUCAGUAGGUACGCAUUAUGGCUACGUGAUAUGAGUCAAGAGGAGACGUUGGCAAAGGACAUUGCCUACUGGAAAGACUUUGACCGAAGCGCGGGAGCUUCAUGCAUUCCACACACUCCACCAUCCUCGUCAUUAUCGCAGCCUCGCAUCCACAAAGUGAAGACCAUCAAUCUCGACCAGAUUACCACAAGCCGACUGCCAGAAUUCUGCGCCACACAUGGCGUCACUAUGGCUGCCUUCUUGCAGACUGCAUGGGGUUUAGUACUUCGAAACCUCACGGGUUCGGACAAAACGCUAUUUGCAUUCAUGACAGCCAAUCGCGAUGCAAAAGUGGCAGACGCCGGAGAGAUAGUAGGUCCGCUCAUCAACAUGCUUCUUUGCCGAAUCGAUUUCAGCAAUCUGGGCGAGGAUGGCAUUGGAGAGGUACUGAGGCGAGCACGAGACGAUUUCCUGGAGUCACUCGAUCACCAAUACGGUCUUGCCAAGAUGGAAGAUAUAUGGCAGAACCCAUCAUGGAAUUCUCUCAUGAGUUUGCAGUACCUAGACUCUAGAGUUAGUCAGACAGAGACUGAUCCGACCAGUAUUUCUUUUGACCUAUUAUCUGCGAGAGAUCCUACCGCAUGGGACGUUUCGAUAGGGCUACAGAUAAGCCACAAUCGGGUAGAAGGCAUUACCACUGUCCAUGCCGAGCUUGGCUAUUGGAGUGACGUUCUCACUGAUUCACGGGCGGGAGAUGUGAAUGCCCUAUUUAAAGCAUCUGUUCAGAAGUUACUGGAUGGACAUUCAUAG